AUGGGCGAUACAGAGGCCAAGAAGAAACGGAAGUCACCCAACUCGGGCCCGGACUCCCCCCGGCCCUACAUCUGCCCCAUAUGCUCGCGGGCGUUUCAUCGCCUGGAGCACCAAACAAGACACAUUCGCACACAUACCGGGGAAAAACCGCACGUUUGCGACUUCCCCGGAUGCACCAAACGCUUCAGCAGAAGCGACGAACUCACACGACAUAAGCGCAUUCAUACCAACCCGCAUCCCAAGGGCAAAAGAGGACGCAAAAAGAAGACGGAGUUGGCAGGCGAAACCAACAUUAUUACGACCACCACGACCACCACUGCAGAUCACUCAACAACUUCUGGACGAGACCGCAGGGCUAGGGGCACAACGACUUUCCAACUGGGAGAUGCAGACGCAGAUGCAGACGACGACGACAUGUCUGACGUCAAUACCGCUGCCAGCUCUUCAGAAGAGCAGAGCAUGGGUCUUCUCGUCAACGCUGCCCUUGGAAGCUUUGGUGGCAAGCAAACUGGAGCAGCCCCGUUUCACACUGUGCGUUCUCUGCCGUCUCUGAAGUCUUGGGAUCCGUCCAUGACCAGAAACGUCAAUUCAGCGUCAGGACCGCUGACCGCCGGAAAUCAGACGCAAUACUCGUCUGCAGUGAACCUCCAACAAAACAUCGGGCCCUCAAAACCCCUACCGUCACGGCUAAAGUUAAAUGUGCUCUCCUCGCUGCAAAAGAUGACACCGUUGGCACCCAUGGCGGGCUCUGGGUUUGCAAAUUCAGGUCUCUCUCAAGACGUGGGAAUGUCCGACAACACGACUUUUCUGCCGCGCCCCAAGAGCACGCUGGGAUCGUUCCCCUCGUACGGCUCCUCGAGCUCUCUAACAAGCAUUUCGAAUCUAAUUAAUACGGCGGACGAUGGAGAUGAAGAGCUCGAUGACGAAGAAGCGGGCAGGGCCCGCAAAAAAUCCAGAACUACUACACCCAUAAUUAGUCGCAGUCACAGUCGAACGAGUCUCAAUAUGACAGCGGGUGGCUCGUUCACAAACCUCACUCUUCUGCAGCAACCCCCGGGAGUAAUGGGGACGCUGUCGUCCAAAUCGUCCACAACGGACUUUUCGAAUGAACUAAGCCAAAAACUGCAAAACGUCCAAAAGACACAGUCGGGCCAGUUUCUGGAUCAUUACGCGACUCCUUCCAACGCGCUUUCCGCUGCGACGUCCGCGAAAUACACUCCGUUGGGAACGCCAUCGCGAAUACCGAGUCCCUCAAAUGCCAAAAUCAGUUUGGACUUGAGGAACGCUGCGGAAAAUAGUUCUCGCGAGAACGACGAGACGGUAUCGGAUCUGCCGCCGAUCAGGAGUUUGCACUUGCAGUUCCCCACGGGGUAG